CCUCUUCCUUAACGUUGUAAACAUCCCUUCUUUCAUCUUUCAACUCUCUCUCUCUCCCCCUCUUUCUCUCACACACAAAUGUCUAAAAUAACAAUAACCUCUCCAAAACACUGUGCUGACAAAGAAGGACUAAAAAUCAAGAACUACAAGAAGAUCUACUUCACUUUCUCAGCAUUUUUCAUCACAAUCCUACUACUAAUACUUGUUAUAUGGCUCAUCCUCCACCCUGCAAAGCCUCAAUUCUCCCUCAAAGAAGUCGACAUCUUCCAACUUAACCUUUCAGGCCCAAACCUCAACUCCUCCAUCCAACUCACCCUCCUCUCCAAAAACCCAAACCAGAAAGUUGGCAUUUACUACGACGAGAUUCAACUCUAUGCAACCUACAAGGGCCAACAAAUUACUGGUGAUACCCCUGUGCCACCCUUUUAUCAAGGCCAAGAAGAGAGUAAUCUCAUAACAGCUUCUUUGGUGGGAAAUGCUUUACCCGUGGCUCCGUCUCUUGGCUAUGAACUUGGUCGUGAUCAAAUUGUUGGAAGACUAGUCUUGAAUCUCAAAGCCAAUGGAAAGCUUCGUUGGAAAGUGGGAACAUGGGUCUCUGGACGUUACAGCAUUUUGUCACGCAUUGAUUACCAAGAGCUACUCUUUCAUCUAUGCGUCUAUGCCAGCAUUUUCGGAAUUCAUUGUUACAUGCAUAUUCUGAAGCUGCCAGUUGAAUAUUUUGUGCUUAACCAUUUGUCCCAUGAAUACUGAUUAAAUAUUCAUAUGACUAAGUCAAAAGGUUUGGGUGGUUGUUGUUGGGCACUUCAGAAGUAUUCAAAUUGAGGACUCCACGCUGAUUAAAUUAGGAGUUUUGAAAAUCAAAAAGGCAAAACCUUGAUCAGUGAAGAAUCUUGAUUUGUUCUAGACUAAAUUUACUUGGUGAAAUUAUCUCUGGCCACAAAGUAUUACUUCCUUUUAUUGUAAAAGUACUCUUCUUCAAGGAAUCCAGUUUUUCUCA